ACUUCCAACUUUCACGUUUCAUUUCUGUGUUGGACACUGGGCUAAUUGUAGCAUAAUGAACGAUUUUUAUUUCUUUAAUUUCUAAUUAUUGAAAUAUGUGCAAGAUUACAUUUAGUGUGUCCAGUUCGUUUCAAAAUACGUGGUAAAUAUUAGAUCUACAAAAUAUCAUACAAGAUGGAAACCGAUGAAAUUAUGAGGGCGAAUGGCGAUGUCUUCAUGCAUCGUUUGAAGGAAUUGACAGAUGAGGAAAAACAACUUUUGGAGUCUCAAAACUCUAGAAUCAUACCAUAUGGGAAAGCUCAAAAGUUAGAAAAGGAAGCCAAAAAGCACUGGGAUUUGUUUUACAAGAGAAAUGAAACAAAAUUCUUUCGAGAUCGUCAUUGGACCACGCGUGAGUUUCAAGAGCUUAUUAACUUCGAUUCUGAUGUUGAAAUAUCCUUUUUAGAGCUUGGGUGUGGCGUUGGGAAUAUGAUAUUUCCAUUGGUAAAGGAAGGAUUUACAAAUUUUUACUUCUACGCGUGCGAUUUUUCCCCACGUGCUGUCGAGUUUGUCAAAGCGAACAAAUUGUUUGAUGCUAAUAGAAUGAAGGCAUUCUGCGCUGAUUUGACCACUGACGAUUUGUUCGAUAAUAUAGAAGAAGGUACCGUGGAUAUAGCGAGUUUGAUUUUCGUAUUAUCUGCCAUACACCCAACCGCGUGGUCCCAAGUCGCUGAGGUUGCAUACCGAGCAAUAAAACCUGGAGGCGUGCUGUUAUUCAGAGACUACGGGAGGUACGACAUGGCACAAUUAAGAUUUAAACCCGGCCGCAAGAUCGCGGAUAAUUUUUACAUGAGGCAUGAUGGAACAAGGAGUUAUUACUUCACCGAAGAAGAACUAUCGAAUUUAUUUGAAAAGCCUGGUUUUGAGAUCCUCAUGAACACAUAUGUGUUGCGGAGAACUGUAAAUGUCAAGGAAGGGAUUAAUGUGCCUCGCAUAUUUGUACAAGGCAAAUACAGAAAGCCUUUCGCGUGAACAAAGUGAUGAGAAAAAAUUACAGUGAGGUAUGUAUCCUGGCCAAGGAAAGGUUAUUUCCAGAUUUGUUUCACGUUGGAAACCAUUGGAAGAAAGAACAACUUGAAGUAUCAAAAGAUAUUGUUAUACUUGUACACCAGUUUCCUCAAGGGAUAUAAAAUAAAGAA